UCGUAGCGGUGCAUUCGGUUUUUCGAAUAGGAACAUGAAUCAAACUGGAAUAACAGUAACCGUGCAGUGUGUACACAAGAAGGGCCCUCGGUGAGAAGGCAAGCUAAGCGCAUAAGCAAGCGAGCGAACUCGAAAAAGGUGUGUGUGGUACGAGAAAAAACAGAAUUACAGUUUUGCUGCUUCCGCGGAAAACGAAAUAAGCAUCGGAACCGAAGGAUCAGGAUUUCGGCAACAAGCUUUUCUCCUGCUUCGGAUAGUCGUCGAAGAGUUCAAGGUGGAUAUCCGCGAAACGAGAAAAAAAUUCCAGCUGGAAGUUGGGAACGUUCGCGAAAAAGAAGAAUUAGUAGAAGAAGCAACGGGUUGCUAGCGGAGGGAAGGCCUAGUGGUGAUUUGAGCUGGCAUUCGGAACUAAUUCUGCAUUUGAAAGGUGCUAUCGGGCCAGUGGAAGCAAAGAGCUACGCCUCAUUCGCCUGCUUUGAGGUUUUCGAUCGAAUGAAUCAGAAAUAACACAAUUUUCUCCGUUCAACACGCAAACACCACCGAAGCAGAAGAAGUGUGCACACGCGAGAGGGAGAAAUUGUGUGCAUUGUGUGCCAUUUACGCGAAAAUAGGCGACAAUGCCCGGAAGUGGUCCCGUUUAUCAGCCGACGACGGUUUCGUAUGAAAGUCGUCCCGGCGCCGGAGGCGGGUUACUGGCCCAGACGACGGGCGCUUCGUCGAUGAAGAUGCUUCGAAAACCAGCCGCACAAAUUUCGGUGCUGAUUUUUGGACUCAUCUCGUUGGCCGUUGGCAUUGCAAUGAUUGCCAGCGGAUCAGCGGACUAUUCCGACACGGAACAACACCCGGAAGCACACCCAGAUGGGGGAGGUAUCCCGGAGGAGGAACUCGAUAUCGGUCUCAUCGUGACUGGAAUAUUCAUCACUAUUCUUGGCUUUGUCUUUCUCGGACUCUACAUCAAAGUGGCCGAUUGGCGCCGGCACUGCGUCUGCCCGUGUGCGCUCUCGAAGAAGCAGGGUCUGGCCCGCCAGCUGCAGGGCAACAGUGGCGGCCAAAUACUGGCGCUGAAUCCCAGCACCGACCCGCUGGUGUCGCACACGCAGUACGCACCCGUUUCGGAAAUCCCCACGCGCCAAGAGGACGAAGAACGACGGAAUCUGAUGCCCGAUAGUAAGGAUUCCUGCCUGAGCAGUGCCGAAGAGUCGGAUCGAAUGCUCGAUCCGGACCCGAGGAUCGUUUUGCGACCAAUCGGAACCGUAGAGGACGCCUAGGGUGGUGAUCAGUCUCGGGGCGGGAAGGUCGGAACGAAGACGCGAAGCGAUGGUUGUUUUGAACUGUGUUCGGUUCAUAUCGAAUGUGAACGAAGCUGAAAGCUUAAAAAAAUAUUGACACACGAGGCAAAGCUAUAAAAAAAGGUUAAUUUCAAGAUGAAUUAUUAUGAGAUUAUGUUGAUCCACUAAACAAAGUUAGCGAAAUAUGAGGCAAGCAAAUGAAGACGUAGAAAGUCUUCAACGAAUUGGAUUUGACACGAAUGCUGUAGAAGUAUUUGGUUUUAAACGUACUUAUUUUAUUAUACUUCACCAAACCUCAAGUAUUAUUUUAAUGCAAUUUAACAGAAAAAAAACACUAUGAUCAUUCGUCCAUAAAAACAUAGGCUAUAUGUUUUGCAGUGAUUAAUGCUUUCCCACUAAUGGAUAAAAAGAUUCCAAUUCCGUCCGAAUUUUGAGUUAGAUCUAACUUUCUUUUCCUAGAUUGUAGUAUUUUCAUUCUCUUUACAAACGAAAAAUUUACUUUUGUAGCGAAUUUAUGAUCCCCUAGUAUUAACUUGUUAGUGCAAAAAACAACAAAAAGUGCAUUUACUUAUUUAGUUGAGGUAAUUCUUUCACCCAAUCGUCUGUCCAACAGCAGCAUAUCGCAUAUCGUAGUGAAGCGUGAAACGUAUUUUGAAUUUGCAUUUUUAAUCUUAUUGUAGCAAGAAAACAGUUAUCAAGCACACACACAAAAAAGGUGUGCAAUUAUUUAUUCCGUUGAACGCUGAAUCGAACUCAUUAUAUCCACACAACAAAAAAAAAGAGUGAAAAGAAGUGCGAAAACGGUAGGCCGAAUCAUCCCGCGUGCAUUAAUUGGGUACAGACAAAAUAGAAACCGGAAACGAUUGAUUAGCAAAUAGGAACUAAAUUAGUUAUGCAGAAUCGUUAUGAAACACACGUGUUGGGGGAGCGAUAAUUGGACACCAACGUCACCACAAAAAAAUGGUAAUAAAAUUUAAUGUUAAAAAUUA